AUGCAAGAAAUUCACAUCAAAGAAACCACUCCAAUUCACCCUUCUACGCCUCCCUUCUCUCAAGACCAUACCCUUCCUCCCUCCCACCUUGACACUAACCGCAACCUCAAUGUCACAUUUCGCUACUUUUGUGUCUACGUUAACACCACCACAAAUGCCAACCACCCUUCCGAUGUCAUCGCGGCUGCGCCUUCCUCGGCUCUUGUCCACUACUACCCUCUGGCUGCCACUCUCUGCCGCGGCCAGGUUGUAGCUGGAUUGGUUGAGGAUAUUGGACUCUAUUUUUUAUUUUGGAUUGAUAUUGUUCCAUAG